GCCCUGCCCGCUCGCCCCCGCGCUCGCUCUCGCCGUCCCGGCGCUCGGGGCGCCGCGCGCGGGCCCGGCCCGGGGCAGGGCGGACAUGGGCGCCAAGCAGAGCGGCCCGGCCGCCGCUAACGGCCGCACUCGCGCCUACUCGGGCUCGGAUCUCCCUUCCGGCAGCGGCGGCGGCGGCGGCGGCGGCGGCGCUGGGGCCAAUGGGACCGCGGGCGGCAGCGGGGCGGCGCGGGCCGCGGCCGCGGGGCGGUUUCCGCCCCAGGUGCCCGGCGCGCACCAGCCCGGCGCUUCGGGCGGCGCCGCGGCCGCCCCGGCUGCCCCCCGCAGCCGCUCGCUCGGCGGGGCCGUGGGCACCGUGGCGUCGGGGGCGCGCGCCGCGCAGCCCCCCUUCAGCAUCCCCAACAGCAGCAGCGGCCCGUACGGCUCGCAGGACUCGGUCCACAGCAGCCCCGAGGACGGCGGCGGCGGCGGCGGCGGCGGUGGCGGCGGCGGCGGCGGUGGCGGCGGCAGGGACCGGCCGGCGGGCGGGGGCCCGGGCGGGCCGCGCCUGGUGAUCGGCUCGCUCCCGGCUCACCUCUCGCCGCACAUGUUUGGAGGAUUUAAGUGUCCUGUUUGCUCUAAAUUUGUACCCUCAGAUGAAAUGGAUUUGCAUCUUGUGAUGUGUUUAACAAAGCCAAGAAUAACCUAUAAUGAGGAUGUCCUGAGUAAAGAUGCUGGGGAAUGUGCAAUAUGUCUAGAAGAGUUGCAGCAAGGAGAUACUAUAGCACGGCUGCCUUGCCUAUGCAUAUAUCAUAAAGGCUGCAUAGAUGAAUGGUUUGAAGUAAAUCGAUCUUGCCCUGAGCACCCUUCAGAUUAAGCAUCAGCAUCCAGUUUUAUAGAUUUUCUUUCAAGAUGCUUGAAAACUGAGUGGAUAUGAGGAUCUGUCUCUGGACAAAUGAAAACAGAAAUGUAGGCGUACUCCGCCAGUUAUCUGAGUUCUGUGAAACUCAGAAAUGCAGAAAUGGACAAUCACAUACGGGAAAAAUUCCUGGUGAAGAGAGGACAGUAACCACAGAAUUCACUGUACCAAACAUACAUAUAAAGGACAAACAGGGAUUUUGAAAAUGCUGCACAUCCCUUAAUAGUCAUCUGCAUAGGUAAUGCUGAUAAAUAUGUUGUAUUCAGACGCCAAAGUUAACUAAUUUAAAAGUUGAUUCACUUUUUAUUAAGUUCUUUAUAGAGUUGCGCAAGUAGUUUUAUUUUGACUUGUUUUGUUUUUGUUUGGGGUUUCUUUAUUUUCCCCAACAUGAUAUUUCUGCAUUCAUCUAUUCUUAAAUUGAAGACCACAUAAUUUACUUCUUAUAUAAAGUCUUAAAUGUGAAACCAAGAAAUGUAAUCAAGCAGUAAAACAUUCUCUGAAUGUAGACCAUGAUCUCAAGUUCUUCUGUUUUCCUCAAGAGUGGAAAAUAGACUUCUACAUAGGAAAGCAAAAAUGUUAAUACAUAUUUUACAAUUAAAGGCUUAAUAUGAUCAGAAUGCAGUCCAAAGAAUAAAUCAAGUUACAUAAUUACAUUUUAAUUAAUUAAAUCUAGAAUUGUCUAUGGAAUUGCAAUUUAUUAGAGAUAUUGUUUCCUCUUCAACUGCUCAACAGUUAAUUAGCAGUGAAACAUCUUGCAGCUAUGCAACUUUUUAAAAAAAAUACAGAUUACCAAUUUUAAGUGCUGCCAGCUACAGUAAUUUUGUUUAACGGGUAUUUUUAUUUGUUCUUUUCAUAUCAUUUUAUUGUGCUUUGCAUUUCCAGGCAGUUUUCCCACAGUUGGGUAAAAUGUUAAGCAGGUUGUAAACUUAAUAACUUAUGAAAAAGGUGAAAUAAAACAUUUUUGAGUGGAACUUGAAAUAAUUUGAGGGACUUUUAUAUACUUUAAAAUCAGAAUUUAAUUGGGAUACCAGAUUUAUAACAAUUUGCAUAUUAAUUUUCCAGGUAAUCUGGAAGUUAGUGUUUGAUAAAUAAUUUUUAAGUAAAAACAAAAAUUUUGUUAAUUUAUAAUUUAUUAAUGUGUUAUUGCUAUAACUGAAAAUGUUAUAGAGACUUCAGUCUUCUGUAGAAAAAAAUUGUAUUAAAAUUAUGUUAAUAAAUAUUUCCACAAAACACAUCUGAAUGGUUAAAGGAAUGCUGGAAGAUUGAAAUUAAGAAAUGCUGGAAUAUCAGGGCUACGACAGUGGAUAUCUUUUCUUUAAUAUCUGAAGUACCAAUAAAUAGGUUUUGUGUUUUCAACACAGGGAAACUGUUA